AAGGGGUAUUUUCCUCAAUUCUGGAACACCAAGGAGGAUGCAAUAUGAUUUUGACAAAGGAAGAUAAUAGGAUUGAAGAUGCAGUCCAGAAAUAUACAGGAAAAUCUCAAGAAAAGGCUUACGGGUCUGGCGAUGGAAGAAAUACAGCUUCACAUCUAUCUCAAAAGUGCAAGUCAGCUGGGAACAACUUACAAGAGAACAAUAACUUGGACUCAUGCGUGUCAGAGUUUAACUGUUGUUCCCCACAGUCGGCUUCCUCAAAACCUCAAUUGGAAGCUACUGUUCUAAGUAUCUCAGUAAGUGAUAGAAAGGAUAAUUGCACAAUAUCAAUGCGUAUAGAUUCAGAGUGCUCAACAACCCAAGAUGAAGCCUCACAUGCUCCGAAUUAGGAUUACCAAGAUUUGGGAGUUGCAAUUGGAGCAUGCUGUAUAUUGUUCUGCUCACACUGAUCCUUCCACCACACAGCUUCUUCAGCAAAUAGGUAAAUUUUAUAUAACCAUCUUGGGAGAGAAACUUAGGUAGGCCCUGAACUCGUGUCGGGCACUCCUCAA